UGAGCCGGUGGAAGACAGCAUGUGGGAUCAGAGGACCCUGGGCCCCAGCUGAGAGAGUUCCAGGGCAUUUGGAUUCGGUGUCAGCAGAGCGAGACGACAAAGAACACUCCAGGGAUGGACAAGAGAGAAGCCUGCUCAGAGUGGUUACUAAAAACAGGAACCUACCCUUCUGCAAGUCCCGCGCACCUUCCUCAUUUCUAGCAGAGGAAGUGUGUGGCUGGUUUAGCAACUGCUGUUCUUCUUGAUAGCCUGGGCUUCUCUACACCCGCGGAGGCCUGGCCACCUGCUCACUCUGUGCGAGCAGCAGCAGCAGCUGAUGGAGAGGCGGUGACAGCGCUCCUGGAAGUCCCUCCUCAACAACUCCCAGGGGAGACCAUGCCCAGCUUUUGAAGGCUUCGAGCAUCUUCGACAGCCCGGGGAGAGAGAGCGAUGGGAAACAGUAUGCGAUCCACCCCAGCACCUCCCGAGAGGCCUGUGCCCAGCCCAGAUGGACUGGACAGCGACUUCUUGGCCGUACUGAGUGAUUACCCAUCUCCUGACAUCAGCCCGCCCAUAUUCCGCCGGGGGGAGAAACUGCGAGUGAUUUCUGAUGAAGGGGGCUGGUGGAAAGCCAUUUCCCUUAGCACUGGUCGGGAGAGCUACAUCCCUGGGAUGUGUGUGGCCAGAGUUUACCACGGCUGGCUGUUCGAAGGGCUAGGCAGAGACAAGGCGGAGGAGCUGCUACAGUUGCCAGACACGAAGAUGGGGUCUUUCAUGAUCCGAGAAAGUGAGACAAAGAAAGGAUUUUACUCCCUCUCCGUGAGACACAGGGAGGUGAAGCACUACCGCAUCUUCCGCCUGCCUAACAACUGGUAUUACAUCUCCCCGAGGCUCACCUUCCAGUGCCUGGAGGACCUGGUGAAUCACUAUUCCGAGGUGGCUGAUGGCCUCUGCUGUGUGCUGACCACACCCUGCCUCACUCAGAGCACAGCUGCCCCGGCGUUGAGGGCCCCUGACUCACCCGUCACCUUGCGCCAGAAGACCUUCGACUGGAAGAGAGUGCCCAGACUGCAAGAGGACCCUGAGGGAGCUGGGAACCCACUUGGCGUGGAUGAGUCCCUUUUCAGCUAUGGCCUUCGGGAAAGCAUCGCUUCCUACCUGUCCCUGACCAGCGAUGACAACACCUCCUUUGAUCGAAAGAAGAAAAGCAUGUCCUUGAUAUACAGCGGGAGCAAGAGGAAGAGCUCCUUCUUCUCAUCACCACCAUAUUUUGAAGACUAGCCUGAGAACAGACACCAUCAUGUGCACCCAAAUUAACAGAGGUUGGAACUGUCACCCGGGAUUUGGCAGAGAAGCCUAGUUCCCUGGUCCCUGGAGAACUGCACAUCUUCCAGAAGCCAAGAGAAGACAUGUGGAGACAUGAACUCACAUCUUCUCUGUCCACAUCAUGACAAAGGGAGCCCCUCUCUGGUGUCUGAUCAGCAGUGAGACAUCACAAAAUGUUGAAUCAUGACAUGAUGGAGAAACAUUUCAGAAGAGCCCUGU